CAUUCCCAAAAUCCUCCACCUUCUUCUCCUUCCUAACAUUCCUUUUUGUCUAAAUCAAUCAUUAUUCACAUAUAUACACACAAAUAUAAAUAUAUAAAUAUUUAGAGAGAGAGAUAAGACAAAAAUAGAAAAAAGAAAAAAAAUGGAAGAAGAGAAAAAAUCAUCAAAGUUUAAGAGAAUUUGCGUUUUCUGUGGAAGUAGUUCUGGAAAAAAAACUAGUUAUCAAGAAGCUGCUACUGAAUUAGGAAAACAACUGGUGGAGAAAGGUAUUGAUUUGGUGUAUGGAGGUGGAAGCGUGGGUCUUAUGGGUCUUGUUUCUCAGGCAGUUCAUGAUGGUGGGCGCCAUGUUCUAGGGGUGAUUCCAAGGACUCUCAUGCCUAGAGAGAUAACGGGCGAAACGAUUGGAGAAGUUAGAACAGUCUCUGGCAUGCAUCAAAGGAAAGCUGAAAUGGCUAGGCAAGCUGAUGCCUUCAUUGCCCUUCCUGGUGGUUAUGGGACACUUGAAGAACUUCUUGAAGUCAUUACAUGGGCUCAACUUGGAAUCCACCGUAAACCUGUGGGAUUAUUAAAUGUGGAGGAGUAUUAUAAUUCAUUAUUAAGUUUUCUUGAUAAGGCAGUUGAUGAAGGUUUUAUUUCUCCAAUUGCACGUCGUAUUAUUGUGUCUGCACCAACAGCACAACAAUUAGUCAAACAACUUGAGGAACAUGUACCAGAAACAGAUGAAAUCACAUCAAACUUAAUAUGGGAUGAAGAAGUUCAAAGAUUUAACUAGUAUAUUUUAAUUUGCUUAGUAUUUAGAUAUAUAUUUCGAUCGGUAUAUAUAAUAUAUAGUACCAUACGUAUCUCUGGAUCAUCAUAUCGUUAUUAUUUAGAGGAAGGUCUUUUCGUUAUGGUGAUGUUGCUCUAGGUUUUUGUUGCAUGAAAAAAAAAGUAUUUUGUGAGAUUUAAUA